CCCAAACCUAACGGAGAGUUUGAUAAAUUGUUCUGGGUGACCACACGGUUACGUCAAUUCCCCUUUGUGAGUGUAAUGUGUCUAAGCCCCGCCCGCCCGCGCUGACUUGACAGAAGUAAGCAACAAACACCGGGUGAGUGUCGACGAAUCGAGCUCAUCCACAGUCGUCUUCUCUUCUCAUGCUGAAAACGUGCACACGUUCCUGGGCGAGGAGACCGUUGGAGGACCGCAGUGAACGUGGCUUUGCUGCAGAUCCAGGGAGAGGAGCCUGUUUGCAUUCCACUGCAGGUGCAAGACAAUGGAGGGGAAACCCGAACAUCAGGACGAAGAUACCGCAUUCGGCAACACUGACGCUAAUGGUAAACGCCCGGCUGAGGACAUGGACGAAGAGCACGCCUUCAAACGUUCUCGCAACACAGAUGAGAUGGUGGAGCUGCGUGUGCUGCUACAGAGCAAAAAUGCUGGUGCUGUUAUCGGAAAGGGAGGCAAGAACAUAAAAGCUUUACGCACAGACUUCAAUGCCAGUGUAUCAGUCCCAGACAGCAGUGGCCCAGAGCGGAUCCUGAGUGUGAACGCCAGCAUCGACACCAUUGGAGACAUUCUGCUGAAAAUCAUACCAACUCUAGAGGAGUACCAGCAUUACAGUGGGAUUGAUUUUGACUCAGAGCUUCGCCUGCUGAUCCAUCAGAGCUUGGCAGGGGGCAUCAUCGGGGUAAAAGGUGCCAAGAUAAAGGAGCUGAGAGAGAACACUCAGACCACCAUCAAGCUGUUCCAGGAGUGCUGUCCACACUCCACUGACAGAGUCGUCUUGGUGGGAGGAAAGCCAGAACGCGUCGUUGAAUGUAUAAAAGUUAUCCUGGAGCUGGUGUCAGAGGCGCCAAUCAAAGGUCGGGCCCAGCCUUAUGACCCCAAUUUCUACGACGAGACGUACGACUACGGCGGUUUCACCGUGUUGUUUGAGGAGAGAGGCAGACGACCGAUCGGCGGCUUCCCCAUCCGUGUGCGUGGCGGCUUUGAGCGCUUGCCCCCUGUUCGUGGAAACAGACCCAUGCCCCCCUCCAGGAGGGACUAUGACGACAUAAGCCCCCGCCGCGGCCCCCCGCCACCGCUGAGCAGAGGUGGACGAGGGGGAAGCCGAGCGCGUAACCUGCCUCUUCCCCCACCACCACCGCCAAGAGGAGGGGGAGACAGGUUCUCACAUGGCAGCUAUCAUGGCGGCAUGGACGACAGACCAAGUGACAGAAGAGGCCGAGGAGGAGACCGUUACGACAGCAUGAGUGGAGGUGGAUAUGACAACAAUUCUUCCUGGGAGCACUUUCAGUCUGGUGGUAGAGGCUCAUACAGUGAUAUUGGAGGCCCAGUCAUCACAACACAAGUCACCAUCCCAAAAGAUCUGGCUGGCUCCAUCAUCGGUAAGGGCGGCCAGAGGAUCAAGCAGAUCCGCCAUGAGUCUGGCGCAUCUAUCAAGAUUGAUGAACCACUAGAGGGCUCUGAGGACCGCAUCAUCACCAUCACAGGAACACAGGACCAGAUCCAGAAUGCCCAGUACCUGCUGCAGAACAGUGUGAGGCAGUACUCUGGGCGCUUCUUCUAGGAAGAGGGAUGGGAAGACUGAAGCCAUGCUGCCAUACUGUUUCCUCCUCCUAUUCAGAGCAGACAUUCCUCUGCUCGGCCUCCUCCCCUCACUAUCGCACACUACGCCAUCUAUCUAGAAAUCGCAAUUUUUGUUAUUUUGAGGAGUUUUGAAAGAUCCUAAGCUGUCAAACAGCAAACAUGUUUCUGUGCUGGUGUAAUUCUUUUUUUUUUUUUAAGGAGAUUCUUGUGCCGUCAUUGGAGUAAAGUCAUCUGUAUGAUAACAUUUGGUGUUGUGAGCCGCCCCGAGCCCUUAUCUCCCUCAUUUCAGUACAGCAUGCAGAAUGUAAUCUUUUUUUUUUUUUUUUUUUUUUUUUUUUUGUAGGAACAAGGAACAUUGUGAGUUUUAGUUUUUUUUUGGGUUUUUUUCCCCCGCUCAAAUGUUUAACCACUCUAGUCUAAAUGAAGAAGCAUGGUCUCAGAACGGUUAAAGACUCAUUCAAAUACAUUUUUAUUUUCAGACAUCAAUAUCUUUUUCCACUCUCAAAUGAAGUGCUUUUCUUUUUGCUACGGUUGGCUUUAAAGGAGUCGUUUGACAUUUCGAUUUAUUCACUUUCUGGCGUAGAGUUGGAUAAGAAGAUUGAUACCACUUGUGUGUAUGGCUGAUAUUGUAGGUGGACUUGGAUAUAGUUCAGCACAGCCAGGUUAGCUAUUUCCCUCUGUUUCCAGUCUUUGUGCUAAGCUAACCGACUGCUAAAAGUAUGCCAGAAAUUGAAUAAGCCCGUUUCCCAAAAUGUAAUACUUUUGCUUUAAGUUGGGAUAAAUGUGCCAGUGUGAUAUAAAAAAAA